AUGGAGCCAAGCCAGCCGCCGCUGUGCUGGUCGGAUGACUGGUGGCUUUUCUUGCUAGCGGAUGAGGGCAUGUGGAUCCCCGAUGAUGCUGUGGAGCUGAAGCUACGACUAUGUGUGGUUGCGCAUGCUGGUGCUGCCGGCCAUCGUGGAGCCAAGGCCACCGCGAAGGCACUAGAGGACCUGUUCUCGUGGCGCUCGCUGCGCAAGGACGUGGCGGUGUUCGUCAGCGAGUGCAUGCACUGCAUGGCCACUGCGGCUGGGAAGAUCCCCCGGCCGCUGGGCGAGACGUUGCGGGCGACCAAGCCCAACGAGCAGCUGCACUUCGACUUCUUAUCGAUGGCGGAAGGGUAUUCCAAGCAAACUGAUCACGGAUCCUCGAAAGACCUAUAA